AUGACGGUUUUGGUGCCCAAGACUUCUAUUCCUGUUCCAGACCGAUUAAGCACAGAUGAUGACACGAAUUUAUGUACAGAAUAUAUAAACGCAACAUUGUGCUCCACAGAAACUGAUGACAAUCGUUUUGAUGGCCGUUGUAUCGGUCAAUUCGAUAGUCGAAAUUGGCUAUCUAUUUCUCAAAAUAUGUUAAAUUACACGAUCCAACCAAGUCAAAAUAAACUUUAUGCAAUUACUUUUACAUUUUAUCAAACUCCAAACGAUACGGGAUAUAAUGCUAGCUCUGAUACCGGAAUGAAAGUCAAAGCUGUGGAAUCCACAUUUAACCCAAUGAGAAUUAAUGAUAACUUAAAAUAUCUUAUGAACCUAAUUGACAAAUUUUAUUAUGAAAGAUUGUUAAAUUUAAAUCUUCAUGUUCUAGCCUAUCAACAGGUUAAUCAAAUGUAUAUCACCAGGAAACAAAGAUACUAUCGAAUACCAAGUUUUCUAAAUGUCAUUGGAAUUCCUCCAAAUUACUUUAAAGCUCCUUUCAUUGAUUCUACCUUUGAAUCGGUCAAAAUUCCAUCCGUUCAAUUUAAUAAUGUAAACGUUACAUCAGAUUUAUUAAAUCUUGGUAAUAUUUAUAGUGUUUUGUUGGUUGGAACUAAUAAUUGGAUGGAAGAGAUUCAGACUGAGGCCAGCUCUGUUAACCUUUUAAAUGCUCUUGCAUUAUUGGCCGCAUUUUAUGGUUUGCUAAUGGGAAUCUAUGUCUGCCUCUUUGGUUUCACUGCCGUGACUCCCUGGGGAAUCUGUCAACGAACUUGUUGUAGACGUCGUGCAAAAGAUAAACUAAGUCUUUACUUUGCUCCAGAUGGCAUCCCAUUAAUUUCUCAAAACAAAAUCAGAAAAACAAUCCCUGAAAGAUUAGAUGCUAUGGAAAAUUUCAUCAAAUUAUUCAUGUUAAAUGUUACUGAUUUUGAGGAUCCUGAUUCAAAAUCUACCAUCCCCAAAACUAAUGUCAGUAGUAAUCUCACUUAUUUAGGUGGUGGUAUUCGUGAUGAUGAGAAACCUUUUCGAAAAGGUGUUAUUUCAUUUAUUUCUGAAUCUUCAACGUUAAUUGACGCGAUGCCUGAUGGUGAUCAAACAAUCAAUAAUGUAAAACCAUCUGAUAGUAUAACAAUACCUCAAGUAAUGAUUCCUCAAAAUAGUCUUUCCACUGUUUCAUUACCAACUAUUAAAGAAGAAGUUAUAUCUGAACUACCACAAGUAACAAUAAUACAAGAAAAAAUUCAAAAUGAUUCUGAUCUACCACAAUUAACAAUAAUACAAGAAAACAAACAAAGUGAUAGUGAUGUUUCUUCAACUCAUAGUAUAACAACUAUUGAGCUUGAUAGGCAAAGUAAAAUAAGUGUCGAACGAAAGACUAUUCAUAGUAUUAUUGAAGAAGAAAUCUAUGUGGAUGAAGAUGGAAUUCCUAUAGAUGUUAAUGCUUUGAAUUCUGAUUCAAAGACUAUUCAAAGUAUAAUUGAGGAAGAAAUAAUUGUAGAUGAAAAUGGAAAUCCUAUAGAUGUUAAUAUUUUGAAUACCAAUCAAUCCACUUUUCCUGGAAGUGGUGCGUUACUGGUUCCAAGUGAAAGAAAACGAAGGGCAAGUGUCGUAUCAACAAAAAGCGUUGUAUCAACAAAAAGUUUUGUAUCAACAAAGACUGUUGUAAGUCAAAUAAGUCAGAUUAUAUAUCAAGAUGAGGGUGGUAUAAUUGAACAUUCUGGGGAAUUGGGUAAUAUUACUGAAUAUUCAGGGGAACUGGGUAAUGUAACUGAAAUUGUUGAAACCGAAGUUGUUGAAACAGAUAUUAUUGAAACUGAAACUGAGGUUGUCGAACCUGAAAUCGAUCAAGUGGAAUAG